AUGCGGUUUUGGAUUAUUGUUUUGCUUCCGUUUUUCGCGUCGGCUCUCUGUAGAAAGAUCCAAAGCAAUGAGGUGGUUUCGCUGGAGAAGGAAGGAUCGGAUCGGUCCCCUGAAAAGCCUGCUGCAAGCCUGGAAAUCGAAGAAGCCACCCUAAAACCGGAAAAACAGGUGCACCCACAUUGGCGGGAAGUCAACGCCGUGGUGGAAGAGAUGACCAGCGCCGAGAUCAAAGAUAAAGAAAAGGAAAAUACAAGGGAAACGAAGAAAGAAAAAGAAAUCACAUCUGAAGACCUCAAGUCCGUAGCCAACAUUACGAAAAGCAGCCGCUACCAUGGAAAACCACCAGAGAUCAAGACCAUCUACGAUCUGGCUGUGGAGGAUUUAUUGGCUCAAGCUCGCGUCUUCUUCAGCGACUCCAAUGUGAAGCUCCAGGAAAAGGUUCGUCACGUCUAUGAAGAUGCGCUGAACCUAAUGGCCGAGCUGAGGAUCCUGGUACUCGAUAAGGAUAUUCAAGAUCAGGAGAGACACUGGGAGGCCAAGCAUCUGCUCCUGAUGGCGGGUAGAGAAACCUCAGCGUUGGUGCGCUUCUUCUUGAAGCUAUUCACCACUGUCGACCCACGAUCACAGAAAGUUGCUGAAGUCGAAGCUGUCGAGGGAAAAAGGCAAGGAAAACCGGAAGCUGAGAACACGGAUGGCGCUGACCAGACUCUUUCUAAGGCCACAACUUCGUGCACGACGACCUUCCGACCGAAAGGCUGGCGCCAGCGGUUGGCUGAAAAACGAAGAAUUGGCAGCAAGGGCAAGAAAAUCGGGAAAACGGCUCGAACCUAUUUUACGAACGUACUG